GAUUCCCUGUGAUGCACUUCCGUGAAACGAGAACUUUCUCCAGCUGACUCCAGAGUCUGGCUGAGGACCCGCAGCUCCACUAGCAGCAAACAAAAGCUGUCUGAGCUUCAACCUCCGGAGACCGAGGGGCUGGAGAAGAUGAACCCGAGCAGCGGAACCCGCAGAGGGAAGACUUUCCUGUUCACAUCCGAGUCUGUAGGAGAGGGACACUCCGACAAAAUGUGUGAUCAGAUUAGUGAUGCUGUACUUGAUGCUUACCUGAGUCAAGACCCGGACUCUAAAGUGGCCUGUGAGUGUGUGGCAAAGACUGGAAUGAUUUUACUGGUUGGAGAGGUGACAUCUAAAGCCAUAGUGGACCUCCAGGCUGUGGUUCGAGAUACCAUCAAGAAGAUUGGCUAUGAUGACUCUUCUAAAGGUUUUGACUACAAGACCUGCAAUGUGCUGGUGGCUCUGGAGCCACAGUGUGAAGAGAUCUCAGACUGUGUGUUUGAGGGUCGGGAUCAGGAGGACAUCGGUGCCGGGGACCAGGGCUUGAUGUUUGGGUAUGCCACUGACGAGACCGAGGAGUGCAUGCCUUUAACCCUCCUGCUGGCACACAAGCUCAACUACAGGAUGAAGGAGCUGUCUCGUAAUGGAACGUGUCCCUGGAUACUGCCAGACUCUAAGUCACAGGUCACAGUGGAAUACAGGGACAACAUGGGAGCCAUGGAGCCUGUGCGUGUCCACACGGUGGUCAUCUCUGUCCAGCAUAGCCCCGACAUCACCCUGGAGGAGAUCAGAUGCAACCUAAUGGAGAAUGUGGUGAAAGUCGUCAUUCCUGCCAAGUAUCUGGAUGAUAAAACCAUCUAUCAUCUGCUGCCGAGCGGGAAGUUUCUCAUGGGAGGCCCUCAGGGUGAUGCUGGACUCACAGGGCGUAAAAUCAUAGUGGACACCUAUGGUGGGUGGGGUGGGCACGGGGGUGGAGCGUUCUCUGGGAAGGACUACUCCAAAGUGGAUCGCUCAGGAGCUUAUGCGGCGCGAUGGGUUGCCAAGUCUCUGGUGAAAGCCGGACUGUGCAGAAGGGCCCUCGUCCAGAUCUCUUAUGCCAUCGGUGUGAGCCAGCCACUCUCCAUCACAGUGUUUCACUUUGGCACGUCCAACAGAGAUGAAGACGAGCUUCUGCAAAUUGUGCAGAAGAACUUUGACCUCAGGCCUGGAGUUGUUGUCAAAGAGCUGGGCCUGAAACGGCCAAUUUAUCAGGCCACCGCUUGCUACGGUCACUUUGGAAGAAAGGAGUUUCCCUGGGAACAACCAAAGAAACUCGUGUUUUUACCUUGAUGUCAUCACUCAGGAAUCAACCAACAACCUGAGCUCAGCCACAAAGUCUCCAGAAAACUAUUAGAGUUAAUAAUUUUUUUAAAGGUUUUUGGUGAUUAAACUAGUAGCAUUAAAUGAGACACAUAGGAUAGUAAAUGAACUGUUUUUACCCUUAAAUGAUCAUUUUUAGGUUAAAUAUGUAAUACUUACUUGUUAAAUAGAUAAAAAAAUAAGGAAAUCUAAUGAUUUAUGUAGCUUUAAAUGACCUGGCUGGUAGUCGUAGUCAGAUCAUUAAAAAUUUCACACCAGUUAACAAAAUAAUAAACUAAUUUUGAUACAUGGAUUGUUUUGGAAUUAAAUCAGGUAAUUUGUUAGUAAUGUAGAAAUAAUUCUGACGGCGAUUGUAAAACUUUCUGAAGAUGACAAAUAAACCUUUUAAGAUUAAUCAAAUGCCAAAAAUAAAGAUUUGAUACUUGAGCAAAUA